GGCAGUAAACAGUAACAUACACCCGUAAUUUGGUCCAAGGAUGGGCAACAUUCUUCAUCCUUUCUUUCUUGCGGCGCGUUUGCCUCCAUUCGUAUCUUCAACGCGUUUUGUCAGUAACAAUGUCUUCCUGGUCGCCCCAGACAGCUGGCUUGCAGGAAAUCCUGCAAACCAUCCACGAAUCCACAGAUACACAGAACAAAGUUCAGCGUGCCAUCACUCAUAAAUUGAACAGCUUUACGCGUGUACCAGAUUACAUUGCGUAUCUCGCAUAUAUCUUGACUGCCAUGCCACAAGAAGAAGCACGGAUUCGGACUAUCGCUGGAUACCUGCUCAAAAACAACUCACGUCUUAUUCUCAAUGCAACCGCCGAUGUUGCAAACUAUGUCAAAUCAGCCGUACUGCAGGCAUUCUACGACUCUCCUGCUAUGAUUCGUAAUGCGGCGGGACAAGACAUUGUAGCUUUUCUGGGUGUUCUUGAACCUAAAAAUUGGCCCGAAUGUUUGCAGCAACUCGUUAACAUGCUCGAUUCUCCUGACUCUGAUUCUCAAGAGGCGGCAUUUAACACGCUUGAAAAAGCUUGCGAGGACUAUCCCCGAAAAAUGGAUAUCGACAUCAAUGGGACUCGGCCUCUAGAUUUUAUGAUUCCCAAGUUCCUUCUACUUUCGGAACAUCCCUCGUCAAAAAUGCGAGCACAUGCCGUUGCCUGCCUUUCAUAUUUUGUGCCAAUCGGUUCACAAUCACUUUUUGCUCACAUUGAUGCUUUUAUCGCUUGUCUAUUCAAACGAGCUUCGGACGACGACCCCGCAGUCCGUCGGCACGUAUGCCAGGCACUCGUACUUUUGCUCGCUGCUCGUCCAGAAAAGCUAAUGCCGGAAAUGUCGAACGUUGCUGAAUAUAUGCUGUAUUCGACAAAGGACAAGAAUGAAACUGUCGCGCUGGAGGCUUGCGAAUUCUGGUUGACUUUCGCUGAGGACCCUGACCUUGCACCAUAUUUACAUCCGCUGCUCCCGAGGGUAGCACCUGUCCUUCUUGACUGCAUGGUCUAUGGGGAGGAUGAUCUCCUCUGGUUAGAAGGCGAUGCUGAAGAUACCACAGUUCCUGACAAAGAAACUGACAUCAAGCCCCGUCAUUAUGGUGGAAAGUCUCACGGUCUUGAGCGUGAAGCUGCAGGUAAUGGUAAUGAAUCGAAGCGCGGUGCAUAUGGCGAGGAAACGAUAGAUUCUGACGAAGAAGAUGAAUAUGAACUGGAUGACGACGAUUUUGCUGAUGAGAUGUCAACUGAGUGGAAUUUGAGGAAGUGUGCAGCUGCGGCGUUGGAUGUGCUGGCUGUUAGGUUCGGGGCGACGUUGAUGAAUGUGCUUUUGGGUCCGCUAAAAGACAAGCUCUGGAGUACGGAAUGGUUAGAGAGGGAAAGCGGUAUACUCGCCUUAGGCGCCAUGGCUGAAGGCUGUAUUGAUGCUAUUGAGCAGCAUUUAUCAACGCUCAUCCCAUAUUUGAUAAAUACCUUGAAUGACCCCAAGCCCCUUGUCCGUUCGAUCACUUGCUGGACGUUAGGUCGCUAUGCUAGUUGGUGUACCCAACCGAUAUCAGAAGAACACAAAAAUCAAUUCUUCGUACCGACUAUGGAAGGUCUCCUUCGAAUGGUACUAGAUGACAAUAAGCGUGUUCAAGAAGCCGGAUGUAGCGCUUUUGCGACUCUGGAAGAAGAUGCUGGCCCAGAGCUUGCCCCAUAUCUUGAACCUGUAUUACGGAAUCUUGUGUUUGCGUUCGAGAAGUAUCAGCAUAAGAAUAUGCUCAUUCUUUACGACGCUGUCGGAACGCUAGCAGACGCUGUCGGACGAGCUUUACAGAAUCCGAUGUAUAUCGAAAUAUUAAUGCCACCUCUUACCAAGCGAUGGGGGAAGCUCAAGGAUGAUGACGAGGAUCUAAUCCCACUUCUGGAAUGCCUUGCAUCUGUAACCAUUGCUAUGGGGCAAGGUUUUUUGCCUUACGCUACACCUGUUUACGAGAGGUGCAUCAACAUCAUCCACAAUUCUUUACUGCAGUAUCAAGCCUAUCAGCAGAAUCCCGAGCUCGACGAGCCAGAUAAAUCUUUUUUGGUAGUUGCGCUUGACCUUUUGUCAGGGCUUACGCAGGGCCUAAGUAUGACUCUAGAGCCACUGAUUUCGCAGACUCAGCCAAAUCUCCUCAACCUGCUUACAGUAUGCCUUAAACAUCCACAGGCACCUGUAAGACAGUCGGCCUACGCACUUGUCGGAGACUUGGCCAUGGGAUGUUUCACGCUGUUACGCCCCCAUCUCCCUGGCAUCAUGUCGGAGUUGAUAAUACAGCUUGACCCUGAACCCAAGCUUGAGUUUAUCAGUGCUUGUAAUAAUGCAGCAUGGUCCGUUGGAGAAGUGGCCUUGAGGUAUGGACGAGAUGAUCCUGAGUUUCACCAAUGGGCGGGUCCUCUGAUUGCCCGUCUUAUACCUAUCCUCCUGCACCCGAAAGCACCGCGGAGCUUGCACGAGAAUGCUGCAGUUUCCAUUGGCCGCAUUGGACUGAUGCAUCCCUCUCUUGUGGCACCUCAUCUCUCUGAAUUUGCUCAGGCUUGGUGUCAAGCUUUGUAUGAGAUUCGGGACAAUGAGGAAAAAGACUCAGCUUUCCGAGGAUUCUGUAUUCUUGUGCAAACCAAUCCUCCAGGCAUUGCAAAGAGCCUCUUAUGGUUCUGUAACGCGAUAAUAAGAUGGAAUCAACCAUCGGCUGAGUUGAAUGCCAUGUUUCAGCAGUUGCUUUCUGGAUUCAAAAGUCACGACGAAGCUGGAUGGGCUGCUCAGGUAGCAGCGUUCCCUCCCAUGAUCCAGGAGCGGCUAGCAACACGAUACGGUGUUUAGAUGCAGAUGUAAUACGACAAAAUCAAUGUUCAUUGUAUCAAAGUCCACGUUAACUGGCGCACCAGUUAUCCUUUCCUCUCCUAUCUUCUAUCUUGCAUCCCGGAAUAUUCUCGUAGCAAUAGUGGUUCCAUUUUUCUUGAUUCAACAACUUCUUCUCAACAUCUUCAAACUUCUUAGUGUUCCGAAUUUACAUAACAUAGGAUAGCUGAAAUUGACCCGAGUCGUAUAUUCCUCGCCUUUUUUAGUAGCUAGUAUAUCAGUAGUAGUCUUUCUUUUCGCUGUCAUCUCAUACUCCGUAGAUACAUAGUAGUAGUAGUAGUAGUAGUAGUAGUUACAUACCAGAAUACAUACACUGACAUGAAAUUGUGACCACAUAU